AUGGCCGAUUUCGUAAAGGUUGCCGCGGUCAGCGAGGUAUCCCCUGGUGACAUGAAAGUGGUGGACGUGGGCGACGACCAGGUCCUGAUAGUCAACGUGGACGGGGAAGUCCACGCCUGUGACGACAUCUGUUCCCACGCCUAUGCUUCCCUGUCCGAGGGCGACCUGGACGGCGCGGAAGUCCAGUGCCCCCUGCACGGCGCCAUCUUCAACGUCCGCACCGGCAAGGUUCUCACCCCGCCGGCGGUUGACGCUCUUCGAACCUUCGAGGUCAAGGUCGAGGGCGACGACAUCCUGGUAGGCCCGGCAAGAGAAGUAGAGGCUUAA